ACUGCACUACCAGUCAGUUCUUUGCAGCAGCAAGAGAAGGACCGUCUUCCAGUGACUUGUACCAGCAGCUAUGGCUAAUAAAGGUCCUUCAUAUGGAAUGAGCCGUGAGGUUCAGUCUCGUAUCGAGAAGAAGUAUGACGAGGAACUAGAGCAACGUCUCGUGCAGUGGAUCAGUAUGCAGUGUGGUGAUGAUGUCGGAACACCAGAACAAGGAAGGCUCGGCUUUCAACAAUGGCUGAAGAAUGGCCUGGUCCUCUCAAAGCUGAUGAACAGUCUCUACCCAAAGGGUUCCCAGCCAGUGAAGAUCCCUGAUCCCCCUCCCAGCAUGGUGUUCAAGCAGAUGGAACAGGUGGCUCAGUUCCUGAAGGCAGCUGAAGAUUACGGGGUGGUUAAAACAGACAUGUUCCAGACAGUAGACCUGUAUGAAGGAAAGGACAUGGCGGCUGUGCAAAGGACAAUUGUGGCACUUGGAAGCAUUGCUGUUACAAAGAAUGAUGGUCAAUACAAAGGGGACCCAUCUUGGUUUAUGAAGAAAGCCCAGGAACACAAACGGGACUUCUCUGAAGAGAAACUGAAGGAGGGAAAGAAUAUCAUUGGCUUGCAGAUGGGGAGCAACCAAGGAGCCACCCAGUCUGGGAUGACAGGAUACGGUCGACCAAGACAAAUUUGCUAAACAACAACAAAAAAAUUGGCAAAAUUAUGAAUAUGACCUCUUUGCUGCCAAAAUUCUAGCCCUAGUUGCAAAGAGGUUAAUACAUAAAUUCAUCUGAGGCCUCACCAUGUACCUAACCGGAAGGGAAAAUGAUCCAAGCUCUCCUGUAAAAAGAAUUUGGCUGGGGCUUUUGAAGGGUUUAAUCUGUCAUGUCCCCUUACAAAACUGUAUGCUGAACUGAAGUUCUGUCUGAAAAAAUUGUUCAGUACACUGGUUUUUAAACCUAUUAAGGGAAUUACCAACAGUGGAUGUGCAAGAAUCACACCAUCUAACUUUCUUCCUAUAACACCAUGCACUGUUGCUGGGUCUCUGAGCACAGGUUUGAAGCCACAUUGUUUAGUAGGCAGUACCACAAGUCUAAUAGUGGCUACUUCAAACCUGGGGAAGUCAACAGCUGGCUGAUGGUGGCUCAAGACUCAGUUUUCAUGAGCUGCACAGCCACAGGUAUGAUCCUGAGAAUAGAGCAAAGGCCAGUUGCCUAGCAAAUCCAUUGCAGGUGCAGUUCUUAGAUCGGUUGUCUAUACUUAUUCAUGUAUUAAAGCCUUGCAGUGCCGUCUACUUUACCCUUGAUGGGUUUGAUUCACUCGACAGAUUUGUUUCUGGGUGUAGCACUUAUUCCAUCUUCUCUGCAUAAUUUAAUAAAUGAGUUUGUUUUUAUAACUGCAAA